CAAAAUGUCGAGCGCUUGGAAGAUAAUGCCAUGUGCUUUGUCGGAACUUCGCCUUGACCAUACUCUAAAAUGUGGUCAGUCCUUCAGGUGGAAGGAGGUGACUCCAGGUGUGUGGACAGGUGUGAUUGGACACCAGGUAUGGAGACUGAAGCAGGAUGCAUCAAAAGUUUAUUACCAGGUGUUCACUCGGCAAAUCAAACCUGAUGCAUGCAAAUCUGACCAAAGCCUCCAAACACAGAUAAAAUCUGAAUCCAAAGAGAGCCUCCACCUUUCUGUAAAAUCAGAUGAACAAAGAAUCAAAGUGGAGUGCCCUGGUGAAAUGGGUGACAGUGAUUGGGAUAUAAGUAUAAAUACAAACAAUAUGCAUAAGAUUAAAGUGAAGGAGGAACCACUCUUCAGCUCUGAGAAUGUUUAUGAAAGUAUUCUCUGUGAUUAUUUUCAGUUGAGUGUCAACCUUGGAAAACUUUACAAAUCAUGGUCAGCAGCUGAUCAAAAUUUCAAAAAAAUAUCAUCUUCGUUUCAAGGAAUCCGAAUGUUACGCCAAGAUCCAGUUGAAAAUUUGUUCUCCUUUAUCUGUUCCUCCAACAACCAUAUCAGUCGGAUCAGCUCCAUGGUCGAGAAGCUGUGUGAUCAGUAUGGUGCUGAGAUUACAGAGGUUGAUGGGAAAUUGCAUCAUUCCUUCCCACAAGUCUCAGCACUAGCUGCUCCUGGAGUCGAGGCAAAGUUGCGGGAGCUCGGGUUUGGGUACAGGGCUAAGUACAUCAAUGUGACGGCAAAGUACAUAUGUGACAACCAUUCUGAGGAAUGGCUCUACUCCCUGAGGAAUAUGCCGUACGAGGAUGCGAAGAGAGAACUGAUGAAGCUGUGUGGUGUCGGAGCCAAGGUUGCUGAUUGUGUUUGUCUGAUGUCCAUGGACAAGCCAGGAUCAAUCCAUCUAUAUGUAGAUACACACGUGUCUAAUGACUGUACAUGGAUCGCAGCUGUCGGACACUACAUCCCAUAAACUACAGCACAAGCAAGUAGAUACGCUGGCAUCGAUAAACUCUACAAGGAAAUAGGGGACUCCUUCAGGGCUCUGUGGGGAGUAUGCUGGCUGGGCACACUCA